AUGCCUGGGUUGCCAACGACUCCGACGGUUAUAACGACAACAACGACGACAACGACACCUGCGCCUGUGACACAGGCAGCUCCAGCCAGCGCACCCGGCGCUGCAGCACUAGGUGGCAACGCUGACUUCGCAUCCAUCAUUUCCCGCGUGCUCGCACUGAGGGCGCAGCAUACUGGCGCCGCGCCACCCCCAGAACUCCAAGCCCUCUUGGGUACUUUAACCACGACCACCACUGCGUCUCCGACUCCGGAAAUCCCGUCUUCCACUUUGCCACCGACAGUGGUUCCCUCGUCCAGCUUGGACCCUCUGAGUGCUCUUCGACAGAGGGGCUUCGAUUUGUCGCUGUUCGGACCGCAAUCGCUCGGGCAAUCGUUUUCACCGGUUUUCCAGCAACCCGCUACUACGACCCCGGUCCCGACUACCACGACUACCCUGCCUCCACCGCCACCAGAGUUUGAUCUCGUUCCGAGAUCAGCGGCUGCUUCUCGACCAUCAGUUGCAAAUCCUGUACAAUCAAACGUCAUUCCAGAAGUGGUAACACCAGCUCCUCCUCCACCACCACCACCGUCGACCACGACCACAACCGAGGCUCCAACACCUCCACCGAGUCCAUCACCAAUUGUCGAAUUAGCUUCAGCGUGA